UAAAAUCUUUACAAAUUUAUAUAAUGCACAUUGUCGUCAUAUUAACAAAUAUAAUAUAGAUAGAAUCAGCUGAAGAGAUGUGCAGAUAAUUUGUCUUUAAGCGAAAUACUGUUACAAAUAUUGUUUAUAAUACGUUUCAUAAAUGUUAUUCGUCAUAUAGGAUUCCAUAUAUUGUUAGAAGAUCGUUUCUUCGAUUUGAUCAAACUAUAACUUCGUUAUAAAAUGCUUGACGUUAAAAAUAGUCGGAUACAUCGUUGUAAGAAAAACAAAUAGUAUGUCUAGAAAAGAUUUUGAUAUCAUCAGGCGAUAAAUGUUAUCGUAUAAAGGUGUAAACGUAUGUAUCAUCCAGAAUAAAAGAUCGUUUAAAAGAUUCGGAACAUUAACUUUGUUUACUAUACUCGUUUGAACUGAAAUAUUUAAUUAUUAAUUUAUUAAUCUCUUAUUGAGACACAAUGGAGAACGAGGAAAAAAUGGAUAAAAAGUCAAUAAUUGUAGAAAAUGAAAAAGAUAAAUCUGACGCUCCUCCACAAACAAAAAAGGUGGAAAAUACAAAGAAUGUGCAGCCUCAAAAAUCUGAUAUUACAAAUACUGGAAAUGAUGAAUUAAUUCAUUCGCGACAAUCGCGCGAAGUUCAAACGGAUAUUGCGUAUACAGAAACAGUAGGAAAAUUAAAAAAUCGGCUAGAUACGUUGAUGAAUUCUUUAGCUACUCUUUCGGCAGAAAAAUCUAAAAUGGAAGCAAGUUUUCAACAGGAUAAGAAGCAGUUGAGAACCGAACGAGACGAAUGUGAAAAAAUAAUCAAGGAUUUGAAAGAAAAAUUAAACAAAGUGCAAACUACGAAUUACUCUGAAAUCGAGCAUGUGAAAUGUAAAUUAAUUAUGGAACGUCACGAAAGGGAAAGAGAGCAAGCUGAUCAUGCAAAAAUGAUAAAAGAACUACAAAAAUUAUUACACGAUGAACGACGAAACAAAGAACAACUUGAAGCACAAGUAAAAAGUCAGUUUGCACAUAAGACACAAUGUAAAAUACUUGAAGCUGAAUUAGAAAUAGCUAGAAAUAAGCUUAAACAAGCAGAAGAAGCAGCUAAAGAAACACCCCCGAUUCUACUAUCACUCCAAUCUGAAAUGGCUCUAAUGAAGAAACAACAUUUAAAUGCGAUACAUGAAGAACAAAAAAGAGCUGCUGCUGCAGAACAGCAAGCUAGAGCAUUAGCAAUGACUCAUGAAGCAAGAGUAGCUGGUCUAGAAGCAAGACUAGCUGAACUUUCAGAAAUUGUUGGAGGAUAUGAUAGACUCAGACAGCAAGAUCAACAAGCCAUACAGAAACUGAAAGACCAACUAAUUAAUUUACAAGACUCUGAACAUGAGUAUAUUACAUUAAAUAAUGAACCUGAAGAGAUCAUUUCUAGAAUAAAAAACCUGUAUACCAAAUUGUUAGAUUUAGAUAAUAAAAAAAGCGAAUCAGCACAUGUUAAAUCAUUACUACAUUGCUUAGAUUUAUAUGAUAAACAACAAGUUAUUGAUUAUAAAGAAAAGUAUGAAACUUUGUUACAAGAAUUCGAAGAUUGUAAACAGCAAAUGAAGUAUAGUAAUGUUGGAAACAUAUCGUAUAAUAUUCAGAGUCAAAAUAUUGCAUCAUCUUAUGAUAAAAAUAGCAAAACGCAAUUACAUAUUUUGAAAGCACAUAAUAAUAAUCUAGAAGAACGAAUACGUGUUUUAAAUAACGAAAUUGUGAAUAAGGAAAGGGAAUUGAAAUUAAAAUUGGAGCAUCAGGAAAAGUUAUCUCAAGAAGAACAUGGAAAAUUGAGACAUUUGUUAUUACAAAAGGACAAUGAAUUUCGUAAUAAAAUAUCUACGUUAGAGCAACAAUUAUUACGUCAACGAGAACGAUCGAUGGCUCUCAUCGAAGAAAAGGAUAAAGAAAUUUUAACUUUAAAAACAUCUUUUCACGCAUUAUUACCCAAAAAGGAAAAUACUGCAGAAAGGAAGCUAAAUACAUCAAAAUGUGAAAGUGGAACAGAGCCUAUUACCGAUUUAGUAACUGGAUUAUUAACAAAUGACAGUCCUCCAAUAUUGCAUUACAGUCAAGAGUUAGCAAGAAAAGAGGUGCAAGUAUCAGCAUCUAGAAAAAAAGUUUUAGAGUUAGAAGCAACAUUACGGGAAAAACAAAGAGAAGUCAUAUAUAUAAAGGAGAAACAGAAAGAAAAUAUAAAAGCUUUGCAAGCUCAGAUUGCGAGGCUCGAAGCUUGCAAGUCUAGGGAAGGUGCAAAUCUUGAAUAUUUGAAAAAUGUUUUUAUAAAUUAUUUAACUACAAGCGAUGUUUCUAGUAAACGUCAUAUGCUAAACGCUAUUUCUACAGUAUUGCGUUUUACUGCGGAAGAAUUAAAUAAGAAUUGGACAAGUAACCGUGGUAAUUAGAUACUCGAGAAACCAAUGACAAUGACCCUAGGUUCAAUAACGAAUCCGCGGUCAACGGGAUGAUAGAUAAACAUGAUCACAAAAUCUAAGUCGGACGCGUAAUAUUCACUGAUCGUAAGGUGUUAUUUUAUUCGUCGAUGAGGCCGCAAGAAAGAAUGACUUUCCGUCCCGACGAUGCCACAGAGGAAAACUAUGAUGGGGUGUAUCUAAGGACACGAGAUCAUCGGAUUCGUCGAGGAUAGCCUUCGUUCGGAAAUUAAGGGAAAUUGACGCUGCUGCUAAUUGGUCAAUCUCCAUAUCGGUAGUUAGAAAAGGAUGCUAGCCGCCCUCGAGGGAAAGUUGCUAGUGGGAGACGUCGUUCGUUGAAAAAUAGGUCUCCUCUAUUUUCUCGUAGUUGGGACAAAGACUGUUUGUCUGUUUGAAGGACUUUAGUUAGCUAAAUCUUAAGAUUUAUAACGGGCCCUCGGGCUAGCUGAACAUGUACUGCAGGGACACAUCGACAUUUGGCAAUCAUCUUACUCGAAGAAUAGAGUUUGCAUGUGACGAGCUACGGGACAGAGACCGUUGGAAUGUUUACUGUCGAAUGUUGCAGCUAUUUCCUUUUUAAGGAGAGCUAUAGAAUUACUCCACGCCUUUGUUAGACAAAGCGUUCAUCCCGUGACCGCAGCUAUGUCACGACCGGCAUACUUCAAAUCCGACGGACUGACGAUAGAGAUAAAGAUGUGGCGGCACUCGGCGACAAUGUAUAUCGCUGAAGUGCCUAAUGAACCAUCAACAUCCCAACGGUCCUUCCACCGAAGGUUCUAGAAGAAAGAGCACGUGGCAACGAUCGCGGACGCCUAGCAAAUGCAUGGACGGUGGGGAUGUUGAGGGAUGCAAAAGAAAGUAAUCGGAUCCGAUCGAAAGUAAAAUCAUAAGAGUCAAUCUUAGAAAGUCACGCCUAGAGUUCGGAAGUAGAUUGUAAAGUGUAUUAAUGUUAGAAAAAAAAUAAAGUUUUCUUUUUUUAUUUUUCACCUCAAAUUCCUUUUUUAUUUUGUUAUUUUACGUGAUAGCUACGUUGGGCGACAGACUGUCGCCUCGAGCCAAAGCUCACUGUCACUAAUCUCGAACAAUUACAAUCGGAUUGAAUAACUACAAUUGUUCAAUUACAGCUAUAGUAGACUCUAGAUUACAAUGUUAGGGGGUUAUCCCGAAGUUCCAAAGGGGAGGCUUCGAUCCUUUCAUAAUAUAAUAAUAUAAUAUAAUAUAUAUGUCGGAGUCAGGUUGGCAUUUUGGGGCGUUCUAUGAACCUUUACUUACUUUACCGUCGCGAAUGUAGCUAAUAUUUAUCAGUACGAAUGUGGACACUACAAGAGGCUAUGAGUAAUGGCCAUAGGAUGGUCGAGAUGAUGGUGACAACGAAUUCAAUUUCGAUAACGAAUCCACGAUCCAUGGGAGGACAAGUACCAACGUACUACUCGAUUCGGAUCACUCAAUCGGCAAUUCGUCCAACGACUCUAACACUCUAACUCUAACUCUCUUAAUCCAAAAGAGGCUGCCCUUAUAUACUCCUGUCCCCGCUUCUCGGGUUAAUCUUUGUUUUUAAGGAGAGCCAUAUAAUCAUUUCAUACCUCUGUCAGGUACACGUCCCUCCCGUGACCAUGGCUACGUCUAGUGACCCGCUAUGUCACUUCGAGCCCGAACCCAUCGUCAUAAAGUCAGAUUGGAACAUUAAAACUAUUCCUUAUUUUUAUUACUUAAGUGCAGCUAUAGUAAAAGUCUGGACUAGGAUAUUGAGGUUUUCCCAACAUUCCGGACGGGAAAUCCCUCUGUCCUUCCAUCUCCGACAUAUAUAUGUAAUACCAAAAAAAGGGGGGGGGGGAGCAUACGCUUGGUCCAUCAUAUAUUUAAGUUCGAGUUUCUCGGGAUAGUACAAUGCAGUGCCGCAGACAGAUCGUCGUAUAGGACCGGCAAAAUGCAUACAAUGUAACGUCGCCUUCGGUCCGUUUUUUUUUCACAUACCAAGGAAGGUGCAUACGCGAUUAUAGGCGCGAACGGUGGCGUGACCCGAGCGUAGUGGGGGGCCGUCUCCGAGAGAAGACAAAAAAGAUGGAAGGGCGGGCAGUACCAUUGUGAGGAGUCGGAGAGUGCAAACGAAGAAGUGAGAGUGUUGCCAGCGUUGUCGCGAGAGUGUAGUCCGCGUGAAAGAGAGAGAGAGAGAGAGCGUUGGAUCCGUUGUGACGAGAGUUACAAAUUAACUAUUGUGUUGUCUAGACCAUAAUACGUUAUUGUGAUUAAUUAACAUCUGUAUAAUUCAUUCAUCGUAAAUAAAUCAUCAUUAUAAUAUUAUAUUUACGAUACUACAAUUUGGGGGCUCAGCCGGGAUUUAGUGCGCUAAGUGACAAGUGAAGAGUUUAAGUGACGGUUUAUUCGUGAAAGUGAUAUCUGACAAAAAUGACUGACUACAAUGCAGGAAAAGCAGGUUUGACUGACGAGCAGGUGGCUCAGAUGCAAAUACCUGAGCUAAAAGACGAGCUGAGAAGACGACGGCUGAGAUUAGUGGGCAGAAAACGCGAGCUGAUAGAGCGAUUGCUUGCUGCGUUACGCUUAGAGCGGGAACACGGUGCGCGAGAAGACGAUCCAGAUGAUGACAACGACAGCGAUUUAGAAGACGACGACGACGACGAUGAGAUUGGCGUGAUUGGGGACUGUUUAGACGUCAACGGUCCAGGAAAUCGCGAUCUCAAUAAUCAAGACGCCGGAGUUCGGGUAACUCCAGUGAUAAGACGACCAAGGCAAGACGAGCCUAAGCGCACAGUGCUAACGUUCAAAGACGUAGAGGACUUGCUAGAGAAAUUCAGCGGGGAUGAUCUGCUAAGUAUAAAUCGGUGGAUAGAAGACUUUGAAGAAAUGGCAGAACUGUGUGGUUGGUCAGACAUCCACAUGGUAGCUUUCGCUAAGGAACUGCUCACAGGUUCCGCUGAAACUUUCGUACAACAAGAACAAUGCACGGAGUCCUGGGCGAAGCUAAAAAAGGCGAUGAAGGACAAAUUUGAGAAUGUAGUAAGUGACCAGCAGAUACAUCGGGAGUUAGCGCGUAGAACGAAGAAACCAGAUGAGAGUCUACAGCAAUAUAUGUAUAGUAUGCGUGAGAUUGCGGAACAAGGAAAGGUUGAUAUACAGUCGCAAAUCGACUAUAUUAUUCAGGGUAUUCCUGACGAGGUCAUAAAUAAGGUUAUAUUAUACGGAGCCAGGAACAUGCAACAGCUGAAAGAAUGUCUUAAGCAGUACGAAGCGAUGAAAAGAGAUAUGGAAGCGGAAAAAAGAUCUGGGGAACGCAAGGACGAUAAGGGAAAACGAUCAAAAGUGCGAAAUCAGUCGAGGCAAACAAGUAGUAACAAAAGAUGUUUUAAUUGUGGUGGUGAGGAUCAUUUAAGUGCUAAGUGUCCAGAGAAAGGAAAAGGUGUUAAGUGCUUCAAGUGCAACGAAUUUGGACAUAUUGCGGCGAAGUGUACAGCACGACCAGAAGUGUUACGACCGUUCGCGGAGAGACGCGGUCGCUAGGAAAACACGUGAGCGAGAGGCGUAAAUUCUCGCUACGAUUCGGUUAAUCGACGCCGCGAAAUAGUCGUUCCCCUGUUUCGGUUAAGAUAACAGAGGUGGUUCAAUGAAUGUAACACUGUAUAGUAAGUUAUAAAUCAACGUUUAUUCUAACAACUUGUAAAGAAGAUAGUUACGCUGGUGCGUAUGUAUAAGAUGAGUGAGUGACUGAUCUACGGGUGCAUACCCGGUCAAAGGAUAUUGACUGUUCGACGGAUGGAAAAUCAGUGCUGUUCGGAGAUGAUGCUGUGGCGGAGGAAAGCUAAGGAUGGAUGUGUCUAGCGCACGGGACCAUCGGAUUUGUUGGUAACGAUUUUGGCUAAGAGAGUGAGGUAAAUAGGCUUCGUUGUUAAUUGGUUAAACGAAGGUUGGUGGACUAGGAAGGGUCUUAGCCGCCCUCGAUAGAAAGUGAUUAGUAGGAGGAAAGUUGCAUCAUACGUGAGAAAAACUUCGUGAGAGUGCAAAUGAAGAAGUGAGAGUGCUGCCAGUUCACAUCAAUUCACAUCAAAGACCAGGCCACACACCACGGGCAGGAUGGCACCCAGAUGUCUGCACAUCCUUGGCGCGUACCUUCAAUAUUUUUAAGUACCCACCAGGGGUCUUGAAUUUUCAUAGUUAAGGUCCUUCGGACCAAGCGAGUAUCUCUUGUCUCAGAUUUCCUUUUACGUUUAUUGUUUACUACGGGUUAACAUGGAAGGUUUUCCUCACGUCUGGUAUGUUUCGUUAGCAACUUUCUUACGAGGGCGGUUAAAACCCUUCCUGGUCCAUCAACCGUCUUAUUAUCCAAUCGGAGACGGUGUCUACUGCCUUCACUUCCUUAACCAAAAUUGUCAUCUACAAAUCCGAUAGUCCCGUGUCCUUAGGCACACCCACCCCUAGCUUUCCUCAGACACAGUAAAACUUCACUUAUUCUGUAUCCUUAAAGUAGUCAACAUAUCUUUACCGGUCUCUACCCUUAUAACAGUCGCGUACUUAACGAAUCAGUGUAACUAAGUUUUGCAUAACGUGGUUGGAAUGAAUUGUGAUUUAUGUCAAUUCAGUGUGUAUUCCGUUGUGAUUGCUGCAUUCGUAAUAAAGUUUAACUAAAACAAAAUUAAUAGUUGUGUUACGACUCAGCUUUUUUAUUUCAUUAUCCAACCCUCAAGUUUACGUGACACCAGCGUUGUCGUGAGAGUGUGGUUCGCGUAAGAGAGAGAGAGAAAGAGAGAGAGAGAGAGAGAGAGAGAGAGAGAGAGAGAGAGAGAGAGAGCGUUGGAUCCCUUGUGACGAGAGUUACAAAUUAGCUAUUGCGUUGUUUAGACCAUAAUACGUUAUCGUGAUUAAUCAACAUCUGUACAAUCCAUUCAUUGUAAAUAAAUCAUCAUUAUAAUAUUAUAUUUACGAUAUUACAUAUAUAUAUAUAUAUGUCGGAGAUGGACGGACAGCGGGACUUUGCGUCGGGAAUGCUGGGAAAAACCUCCCAUCACCAUAGUCAAGAUUUUAAUGUUUAAGCAAUAAAAAUAAGGAAAACAACUUUUAAUGUUCCAACCUGGCGUUACGACGAUGGGUUCAGGUCUAAGGUGACAUAACGGGUCACCAGACGUAGCCACGGUCACGGGAGAGCCGCGUACCUGACAGAGGUACGGAAUGAUUUUAUGACUCUCCUUAAAAACAAGGAUUGACCCGAGAAGCGGGGACAGGAGUAUAUAAGGGUAGGUUCAUCUGGAUUGAGAGAGUUUCUAAUUAGUUAGUCGUUGAGCGAAUUGCCGAGUAAGUCACGCUGAUACUGGUCAUCCCGUGGACCGUGGAUUCGUUGUCACCAUCAUCUCGGACAUCCUAUUGCCGUUACUCAUAGCCUCUUGUAGUGCCCAUAUUCGCACUGAUAAAUACUAACCACAUCCGCGACGGUAAAGUAAGUAAAGGUUCAUAGAACGCCCCAAAGUGCCAACCUGACUCCGGCAUAUAUAUAUAUAUAUAUAUAUAUAUGUAAUAACUAAUAAUAUAUAUAAUAUAUGUAUGUACCUAUAUAUAUGCUUCACAUGCAACCUAGUGAUAAUCACGCAUGCUCUUAGUUCUAGAGUUAUACACAAAAGCACGUUUGGUAAUACAUAUACAUAAACAAUAGUUGAAUUUACGAUAUACUUACAAAAUUGAACGAAAUAAAAAUUAAGUCAUGCCAGCGCGAGAAUAUUAGUCUUCACCAAGUUACCACCUAUCGAUCUGUCUUUUUCUGUUUACAUUAAGGAUGAUUAUCAUCAGCGAGUUAAGUUUAGGGGGAGUUAUAUAAAGAUGCGGUCGUUUACAUCAGAGUGAAGUAAAAAUUAAAAUUAGUUUAAGCUUUUUUUUGAAUAUAUCGGAAACUAAGGUUGAGCGACGGUAAUAUGUGCAAGGUAAAGUUGCUCAGAAUAGUGAUUUUGACAACAUAUCUCAAGGUCAUCGAAAUCGGUGGGCGGUAAUACCCCUUUGUAAAUAAUUACCCUAUCCAAUGAUUAUUAAUUGUAUAUAUAUUUAUAUAUUGUAUAUGUAUGUAUAUGUACAUAUAUAAUCAUCUUCUGAGAUUCAUGUUAAACCAUCUAUGCAUUAUAAGAAACGAUGUGAAAUCGUUGCAAGACAUUCCUCGCGUUAGUUCUACGAGUUUAAGAUAUUUGAAAAAUAUAUAAAAUGAUACAACUAGAAGAAGGGUUGUAGGACACUUAUAGUUUAAAGAUGUUUAGAUUUCUUAUCGAGAUAUGUAAAUAAAUUAUAACUUGUACUUUAAGCAAACGUAUAUUAUUAUUUCAAAAGGACACUAUUGUUUCUUUAAUAGUAAGGGUGACGGUAAAAAAACAUUAAUAUUGAAACGGAAAUCGAUUUGAAAUAAAAUUGUCAUACAAUUGUAUGCACCUUCAUGCAUAAUUUUUGUAAGUAUAUGGAGGAAGAAAUAAAAUAUAAAAUUUA